AUGAGUCAAAAUUAGGAUAAUAAUAUAGUAGAUUUAAAAGCCAUUACUGUACCAUCUUGGUAGUAAGCCUUUAGAGAUUUUCAUACAUAAGCAAUAGCAGAGCUUCUUUAAAGUGCUGAAAAUUAAAAUAAUUCACGUUUGAAAAAUUUUAUCAAGGGUUAAUUUUAUGAGCAUGGAUUAUUUAAUUUUGAAUAAAAUGUUGAAAAAGCUAUUGAAUGCUAUAAGCAAGGAGCUAAAUUAUCAGAUCCACUGUGCUGCUAUAGAUUGGCCGAGGCAUAUAGCCAUUAAGAAAAUCCGUUAAAGAUAAUACCAGAUUUUGAAGAUAAUUUAUAUUAUUAGGUCAUGACUAUGUGUUUCACUUAGCUUUAUUAUGGGGUUUCUUUAUUCAAUUGUGAAGAUUGGUUUUAAAAUUACUUGAAAAUAGACCCAGAAUUAAAUACCCUAAAUAGAGUAGUGCGUUAAAAUGUAAAAGAUAGAACCCAAUAUGCUAGCGAAUUUCAAAACGAAUACUCUGUUCAAAAUUUAAUCAAGUUACUCUUAACUAUGAGAACACACAAUGUAGAUUUAAAUUCAAAAGAUAGUGUUGAAAACGAAAAGACAAGAGUUUAAGAAAUAUAUGACAAGAUAAUUGAGUCUCUUAGCUAAAGCAUUCAAAAGAGAGCAGAAGAUUAGUAAAAUUCUUCAUCGUUUGCAUACGAAACCUUACUAUACUUAUUUGCUACUGAGUCAUUUAAUUCUGAUAAAAGAGUGGAUAGCUGUCUCUAAAUUUUGGUGCAGUAUCCUAAGUUUUUAGUGUCAGCUACAGAAAAUCUUUAUCAAGAAAUUGAAAUUAUUUCUUAGUCAUAAUUAGACAAUAUGUUCUUUUCUCAUAUGAGAUUUGUAUUGAUCGAAAUACAUAAUAUUUCAAAGAUGCUUAGAAAUUCAGAGAAAGAAUCAGAUAAGUAGGAUUAUGAGAGACUCCUCUAAGUACUUGAGAAAACAUUUGAAGCUGUUUACAAAUUUAAACAAGAGGAAAAAAUUAAAGAAUAGGGAGAUAUCAUUUUUAUUACAAGGCACUAUGCUGAAUUAAUCAGUAAAAAAGGCACAAAAGAAGGAAUUGAAAAAGCUAUUUAAAUCUAGUAAUAAGAACUGGACUUGCAGAAUCAAGGUGAUGAAUAAUUGGCAUUUUGCUAUUAUAAAUUAGGCUCUUUUUAUAGAAAAAUUCUUAAAUCUAAAAAUAUAAAGAACGAUAGCACAAACUAACAGCCUGAGAUACUUUUGAAUGGCGAAAAGAAUAAUGAGGAAGAUUUUCAAAACUAAUUAAGUGAAAAAAUGAAAAAAUAUUUUGAAAAAGCAGAGGCAUUAUACAACUCAAGAGUGAAAAACAUUAAUGAAUAACCACUGUCUAAGAUGUUAAGCACAUUCUACCUUGGACGUAUACACUAGAAAAUUAAAUCUAAUAACAAUGUAGCUUAUAGAUACUUCUUCAAGGUUUUGCAAAUUUACAACUAAAACUAAAAAUUAUUAUCUAACUGCAGAACACUUCAAUUUGAAAUAGCCUAUUUGAAGUCUCUUAAACGUCUAAAUGGAAUACAAUAGACUGAUCCAAAUUUAUAUUUACAAAAUUAUAUUACUUUAAAUAAUUAAUAAACUAAUCAUAACACUUUUUCAAACACUUAAAACGCCUAUCUUAAUGACACUAAUUCUCAAUUUAUCAAUAAGAGUGAUUAAAAUAACUCUAUUCACUCAAAUAUUCAUGAUACUUAAUCUAUAAAUAAGAGAAAUGCAAACCAACAGCAAUUAGAAAUCUAUUAAAGUAGCAUUUACUAAGGAGCUAGAAUGAUGGCUCCAUGUGGUACUUUGCAGAGCAUGGGAUCCUACAGAGCUAUGAAUCAUAUGCAAAACGUAAAAGAUGAUUAGAAUUUUGCUUCAGGUUUAGCAAAAGCUUUCCAAAGAGAAUACGUAUUAGAAAUACCAGCUAAAGAAAUAAGAAUUAAAAGUAUGAUGCGUAAGGGAUAAUUUGGUUCUGUACAUACAAUUAUGUACAAAGAUGAGCUAUAUGCUGCCAAAUAAAUUUAAUUUGUCCCAAGAAACUUCUAUGAUAAACUUCUAGAAGAGCUCAAAAAUAAUCUAGAGGUUGUCCACCCUACACUUUUCCCUAUCCUUGCAGUUACUAAAUGGUAUUCCAACAAAGAACAUAGAACUUCUAAAGAUCCAAUUAAUAUUUUACUUAUCAUGGAUUUGAAAAAAAGUAAUUUGGAGUAAGUUUUAUAAGAAAACUUGGUACUCUCUUAAUCAAUUGCAUUCAGGAUAGCUAGUUAAGUGUGCAGCGGAAUUUGUGCACUACAUGACCAUGACAUAAUCCAUACAAAUAUUAAGCUCAAAAAUAUUUUAAUUGACUCUAAUUUUAACGCCUUUAUUACUGAUUGGGGUAUUUCUCAUCUUUUCUCUAAUGAAAUAGACAGAAAUUUAGAUGAGUUUACCACUUCAUUAGCUUUUGCUGCUCCUGAACUUAUUUAAGGAAUCUCGCUUGAAAGAGGUAGCAUAAGUGGAAAAUCCUAAUUUUAAGAAAACAUAAGCUCUAACUUUAAUUAAAAUAUAACUGCUUAUUUCUCUUCUAAUGGUGAAAAUAGCAAUCCAAAUAAAGAAAAUAUGUUUGAAGAAAAUGCUGUUCGUACCUCCAGAAUUAGUAAUUUCUCCAAAGAGUCUGAUGUAUGGUCAUUUGGUGUAGUUCUUUUAUGCCUUUUCUUUGAAUUUUACCCUAAUGAAAAGAGUAUUAAAGACAUAAACUUAUAUAAUGGUGUGACCAUACUAAACUGCAAUCCAAAGCUAUAGCAAAUUUACUCUCUAAUUUAAGAUAUGCUGAAAAUACAACCAUCUUAGCGUAUUUCAAUAAGCUAAGUUUAACAAAGACUUUAAUAAAUGCAAAUUUUCUUUGACUCAGGGAAUAACUAUGAAAACUGA